ACGUGUCGCGCAUAAGUAAUUUCAUUCAAUUUGUAAUCGCUGCUUAAUUAGAGUUACUGCAUGAAGAAAUUUGUAACGAUCGCCAAGGACAACUUGAUCUGAUUUUUGAACUCUUCUGUUUUUUCUUCGGUCUUCGGAUUGAUUCGCUAUAUGGCUAGUCUCAUACCAGCACUUGCGUUGCCAACAGCAACCAAUGCUCAAGCUCACUCCCGCACCCCAGUCCCUUUUUUCUUUGCUGGAAUCGAAGGGGGAACUACUUCGUCGACAAUUGCAGUGUUAGACCAUAAAGGAUCUGUGGUGACAACGGUCAACGGACCACACACAAACCCAUGGCUGCUGGGCAUAGACACUACUCUGGAACGCAUCCACCAUCUGGUGGUGGAGGCCAAACAGAAGGCGAUGAUCGAUGAUGCAAUCCCCUUCCGCACUCUGGGUCUCUCGUUGAGCGGCGGGGAGUGUGCGCAGACGAGGGCAGAUAUCGAGAAACUGAUGAUGUCCAGGUACCCUGAGGACUGUGACGAGUGCCACAUGUGGACGGACACCUUCGGGGCACUCUCCGCGUCCUCAAGACAUGGAAUAGUGACGAUUUGUGGGACAGGACAGAAUACAAUGUUGAUGAACCCGGAUGGGUCUUGGCAUGGGUGUGGGGGGUGGGGACAUAUACUCGCUGAUGAAGCAUCAGCGUAUGGAAUCGCGUAUAUGGCGAUUAAAACGUGUGUGGACCAUGAUGACCAGCUUAGACGCACUGACUUUGACCUCACAGUAGUCAGGCGAAAAAUACACGAGUACUUCAAGGUCUCUGACUGGUACGAUAUGCUGCCUCGUUUCUACUACCUGGACAAGACAUACAUGGCCCGCUUCUGUGCCCAUCUGGCCAGGGGUGCCACAGAAGAGGGGGACUUGUUCUGUCGACACCUCUUCUAUCACUGCGGAAAUCUCCUCGGAAGAUCAAUUGUAGCUGUCAGUAACAGGGCAAACCCAAGCAUCUUCUAUGAUGGGAAGAGUGUUCAGGUGCUUCUGGUGGGCAGUGUUUUCAACAGUUUCCAUCUACUCAAACAAGGUUUCAUAGACGGCAUGCGUCCCAAAUAUAGUGAGGAUGUAACUCUCACGGGCGUGCGAUUUGUGCGGUUGACAGUGCCCAGUGCUGUGGGUGCAGCGUACAUGGGUAUGGGCAUCCACAAAGAGACGCCCGCUUACCCCUUGGACAUAGACUACUCUCUAAAUGUAGAGACUGUCUACGAGACCAAACUCAACCAAGAUCAUCACUCUCAAUCCAAAUGAAAAAGCCCAAAAAUAACAAAUUAUUUCAGACAACGAGCCAAAAAUAAAGGAUCAGAUUGACAACUGCCAUACUGCUAACGCCGUUUUGUAUUUAAACACGCUCUUCACAGAGCCAUGGCCGAACUUUGGGUGGUUUGUCAAGGACCCAUUGUUGAUUCGGAGCAUAUAUUUUCUUUUGUACACGAGGUAGCCUCUUCACAUGCGCUUAUAUCAGAUACAUGACCAUUAAUUGUAAAAC